CCAUUCAGAUAAAACCCACAACAACUCAUCCCCAACAUAACUAGAGAACCAAGAAUUGAAAGCAAACCUUAGGAGGAUAUGGCUUCUACAACAUGGAGUAUGUCUUGUCUGAAAUCUGCACUCCCUUCAAUUCAACCAAUUUCAAACUCUUCACUUCGAUUCUCCUGUGGGCCUUCCCCAUCUCGUCUCAGGAUAGGCAAGCCCAAGCCCAGUUCAAGAAUUCUUCAGUCCUUUGUUGGUCUUGCUCCAUUGCAUCCACUCUUGUCCCUUUCAUCCCAUGAUUCAACAAGUUUUGAGCACUCAUUCUCCGUGAUUGAAAAUGGCGGCCGGGUUUUUGCCAUGAGACAUGGAAGGAAGGUGCCCAAACUGAACAGACCUCCUGACCAGCGUCGGGCACUUCUGAGAGGUCUCACAACACAGCUCCUCAAGCAUGGGCGUAUAAAGACCACCAAAGCGAGGGCCAGGGCAGUGAGAAAAUACGUUGACAAAAUGAUUACAAUGGCAAAGGAUGGCUCUCUUCAUAAGAGAAGGCAAGCUCUCGGGUUCAUCUAUGAGAAGCAGAUAGUGCACGCAUUGUUUGCUGAAGUCCCGGAAAGAUAUGGAGAGAGGAAUGGAGGAUACACGAGGAUAAUAAGAACUCUACCAAGGCGAGGGGACAAUGCACCGAUGGCGUACGUCGAGCUUGUCUAGGACUUAAUAUUCAUUUUUCAAUGUUAUUUUUUGUUGGUUCGGAAUUCUGAUGUGAACUAAGAGAGUUUGUUAAUUACACCAAUUAUUCCAUCCCAA